AAAGUAAGGAGGCCGAGGAAUCUGACUGCGAGAAAGAGGGAGAUCAAUCAAUACGAUUUAAAAAAUAGUAAUCAGCGAAAGAAAAUGGGCGAUUCAUCGUCAUCAGAUUCGUUCUUGAAGAAGCACUGUCGAGAAUUCAAAGAAUUCUGGGCUGAGCGAUUUCCAUAUACUGACGUCUAUUCAAGAUUCAUAAGCCGCGAAGAGUCUCUUCCAUCAUGGUCUGAAUCCGAUGUUAAUGAGUUCAUCGCUUCUGAUCCGGUUCAUGGCCCCAUCUUGAAGACCACUAGGGAAGCGGCAAACAUUGCCUUAGCAGGAAGUGCUAUUGGAGCUGUCUCAACUGCAGGUCUUGCCUGGAAAUACUCGAGGAGUUUACAUGGUGCCGGACUGGCUUUCUUAGGAGGAGGCGUUUUUGGUUGGACAUUUGGACAAGAAAUUGCAAACCACUGGCAUCAACUCUACAGGUUGGACACAAUGGCUGCACAAGCCAAAUUCAUGGAAUGGUGGGAAAAUAAGUGCCAGAGGCGAUCUUAAACCUAUAGUGCCGUUGAAAGUGGCACUUGUGCUCGGUUUUCAUUUGCUCAAUAAUGGCGUAAUGUCUGAAAAACGUAUUGUUUGGUUCGAUGAUUUGGCUGUUUUUAGAAACUUUGCGUUCGAGUUUGAAUGAAACCAGUUGUUUCCA